AUGUCGAAUCCACCCGGAGAAGAGACGGCCAAGGCGGCGCUGGAAUAUUUCUUCUCGCAAAAUCCCAGCGACGUAGAAAUCCAAGCGUGUGUUGCUUUUCUUGCGGCUGACAUUUCGAGCGAGAGCCAAGGACCAGAAGACCACACCAGCAUCCACGAGCUCAUACAGCGAAUCGCUCUCGCCAAGAAGGCACAAGCAAAAGUCACCAAAGCGAAAGGGAAUAACCCUGCCGCAACCCUCCUGCCUCUAGAGCUCAAUCUCGCCCAUUUAUCAUACUUUGUCUACGCGGAGAAAGAGGGCCUUGAGAAUCUGAUCGACGAAUCACCAAAGGUCAUCGACGCGCGUUUACGAACUGUCGAGCCUUUCCUGAAGAUGAAUCCCGCCAGUGGUGCAGCGGAUGCCUCGUAUCAGCCAAGCGUCAAACGCGUCAAAGUCGGGAAGGGCGGCAACACAAUCGAUAGAAAUCGGGACGCGGCAAAUGAGGCACGACAACGCGAUCAACAUUGCAUUGCGACUGGCUGCCCUAUCUUCGAAGCUUGCCACAUCAUGCCGUUCUCGGCUAACAACACAUCUGCCAAACUAGAAACUGCACGCGAAAUUUUGACCGAUAUUGUUAUGCCAAUGAUAUCUCGCCCUGACUGGAGAAUAGUUCAAAAGCUUGUGGUUCCAGAUAACGGGGAAAUCGGGACCUCGGAUGAAGCUUGUAAUAUUUUAUGCUUGAACACCCUGGCGCAUCAACUUUUCGAUAAGGCAUACUUUGCCUUGGAGUGGAUUGGUCUAAGCGACAAAGGAGAGCUCGAUGAUGAGGCCUACAAAACUGUACGACUCCGUUGGCACUGGCUGCCAAACUGUGUUGCUGACGCGCUGGGCCAAAUCCAUCUUCACGAGAGGGCUACGCGUAAAGGCGACACCGGGAGACUUUUGAAGUUUGGUGAUGGAUCAGACCAUGGUAUGGCCACUGCCAUCUAUCGUCACCUUGCCAAUGCGAGCAAGAUCAGCUCACAUGGCGUGUCUCUGUCCCGUACAGAGAACCACAGGCCCUUGGUGACUGGAAACAUCCUCUUGAUCAGGGUCAGAGAGGAGGAUUUGGACAAGACGAGGGUACUGAUCCAGAUCCAAUGGCUUGCUCUGAGAAUGGCGGCGAUAUCUGGGGCUGCGGAGGUGGUGGACGACCUUGAUUCCGAGCCUCCAGGCUCUCUCGACGAGCUGCCAACAUCCACCAGAGCAAUUAUGCAGGCUGAAACUGAUGAGCUUCAUAACGUCGUUCUGCCGAUGCGCAGACAGAUGUUCGCCGCACAACGCGCCCCGGAGUCUCCCGAUACCGAAGAGGCCGGCCCAGCUCCAAAGGCUGAAGAUGGCAGGGCUGAGGAUGGCCCAGCUCCUAAGGCUGAGGCUGAGUUGGAGGCUACCAUAAGCCCCACGCUACGUGAUGAUUCUCCCCCGGCAGACGACGAUAAGCGGCCACAGGAUUAG